CCGAGGCUGUGGAGUCGCCUCGCAGCCGCAAGCCGUGAGCGCCCGGCUCCCAGUCCCGGCUUGGAACUGAAGUGUGUGAGUGCGGGUCCUGGCACCCACCACGGAGCGGCGGGCCGGGUCUGAGGCCGGGCGCAGCGGUCAGGCGCGGAGGCCCUGAUCCAGACCAAGCCGGGGCGCUAAGCCGGAGCCGGAGAGCUGGUCGGAGGGCCGGCGCUGCGUCCGUGCAAGUCCGGGGCAGGACCGCGGAAGGCAGGGAGACGGCCGCGGCAGAGGGCAGAGGGCAGAGGGCAGAGGGCGGAGAGCGGCCUGGCUCGCGGAGGGCUCCGCCCGGGACGGCUGCCGGUCGCUGGGCGCGCACCCGGUUGGCCCGGAGUCCGGACCGAGUCCCCGGCCGAAGCGGGGGGCGUGCCCCUCCCCACCCAGCGCCCGAUAGCUGCGUGGCGGGGCAUGUGAGCGGGAAGACGGGGCCGCCAGCGCGAGGCCGGCCGGAGGAAAAGCAGGAGCGUGGAGCUAAGAGCCCGGCUGAGUAGAUGUCCAUGAGGAGCCCCGGCUCUGCCCAACUGGCCCUGGAUGGCAGUGGCACCAUGGUGAACUGUGCUGUCAAGUCAGAGGGGAAGAAGGAGCCCUGCCACGAAGCCCCCCAGGGCUCGGCUGCCACAGCGGAACCCCAGCCCGGAGACCCAGCCCGAACUACCCAGGAUGGUGCUGACCCCCACGCACUAGCCCAGGAUUGCAGCUCACCAGAGAGCAAUGGAUCCCCGGAACCCAAAAGACCAGGAGGCUCUGAGGCUGCUUCUGGAAGCCAGGAGAAGCUGGACUUCAGCCGAAAUUUAAAAGAAGUUGUGCCGGCCAUUGAGAAGCUGCUGUCCAGUGACUGGAAGGAGAGAUUUCUGGGAAGGAGCUCUGUGGAAACAAAAGAUGUCAAAGGGACCCAAGAGAGCCUGGCAGAGAAGGAGCUUCAGCUGCUGGUCAUGAUCCAUCAGCUGUCCACUUUGCGAGACCAGCUUCUGACGGCCCAUUCAGAGCAGAAGAACAUGGCGGCCAUGCUCUUCGAGAAGCAGCAGCAGCAGAUGGAGCUGGCCCGGCAGCAGCAGGAACAGAUUGCUAAGCAGCAGCAACAGCUAAUUCAGCAGCAGCACAAAAUCAACCUCCUUCAGCAGCAGAUCCAGCAGGUCAACAUGCCUUAUGUCAUGAUCCCGGCCUUCCCCCCAAGCCACCAACCACUACCUGUCACCCCUGACUCCCAGCUGGCUUUGCCCAUUCAGCCAAUCCCUUGCAAACCAGUGGAAUAUCCGCUGCAGCUGCUGCACAGCCCCCCCGCCCCAGCCAUGAAGAGGCCUGGGGCCAUGGCCGCCCACCACCCCCUGCAGGAGCCCUCCCAGCCCCUGAACCUCACAGCCAAGCCCAAGGCCCCCGAGCUGCCCAACACCUCCAGCUCCCCCAGCCUGAAGAUGGGCAGCUGCGGACCCCGCCCCCCCAGCCACGGGGCUCCCACACGGGACCUGCAGUCCAGCCCCCCCAGCCUGCCUUUGGGCUUCCUUGGUGAAGGGGAUGCUGUCACCAAGGCCAUCCAGGAUGCUCGACAGCUGCUGCACAGCCAUAGUGGGGCCUUGGAAAGCUCCCCCAACACGCCCUUCCGUAAGGACCUCAUCAGCCUGGACACAUCCCCAGUCAAGGAGCGGCUGGAGGAGAGCUGUGUGCACCCGCUGGAGGAAGCCAUGCUGGGCUGUGAUAUGGACGCCUCCCGCCACUUCCCUGAGUCCCGGAACAGUAGCCACAUCAAGAGACCCAUGAAUGCCUUCAUGGUGUGGGCCAAAGACGAGCGGCGGAAGAUCCUCCAAGCCUUCCCAGACAUGCACAACUCAAGCAUCAGCAAGAUCCUCGGCUCCCGUUGGAAGUCCAUGACCAACCAGGAGAAGCAGCCGUACUACGAGGAACAGGCAAGGCUGAGCCGGCAGCACCUGGAGAAGUACCCCGACUACAAGUACAAGCCGCGGCCCAAGCGCACUUGCAUCGUGGAGGGCAAGCGGCUGCGGGUGGGCGAGUACAAGGCCCUGAUGAGGACCCGACGCCAGGAUGCCCGCCAGAGCUACGUGACCCCCCCGCAGGCAGGCCAGGUGCAGAUGAGCUCCCCAGAUGUCCUGUACCCUCGAGUGGCACAGACCGCGGUGGAGCAUUAUGUGCCCCGAAGCCUGGACCCCAACAUGCCUGUCAUCGUGAACACCUGCAGCCUCAGGGAGGAGGCCGAGUCCACGGAAGACAGGCACUCGGUGGCUGAUGGCGAGAUGUACCGGUACAGCGAGGACGAGGACUCGGAGGGCGAGGAGAAGAGCGACGGGGAGUUGGUGGUGCUCACGGACUGAUCUCCUCCCAGAGAAGGCCUGGCCCCAAGCCGAGGGGCACAGCCAGCUCACCUGGACUCUGUUGGUACUUGGACUUCGGUGUGCCGGGAGAUGGCACAACUGUGUACUUGUAGAUACAGGCCCCCCCCACCCCUGCAGGCACACCGGAAGAGCUGUUGGCAUAAGUGGGCAGGGCCUGCAUGGUGGUGACAGCUGAGUGGGCCGAGCCCCUUGGUCCUUGGGGCUCUUAGCCAGGGGACACUGUAUGUGACCCUCCCCUCCUGCAGGUCUACCCUCCCUGGGUGUACGGCAGCUCCACACCUGUCUCCCCGGAGCCACAUGGUUUGUUGCCAUUCUUGUCCUGGCUGGACCAGCCACCGUGGGACUGGCGCCCCGCACCCUCCCUCCACAUACACACAUUGCUCCUCUAUCACGAGGAUCACUUUGUACUUCGUGUGAAAAGGUCUGGCCGUCCCUCUUUUUUUAUCUUCUGCUAAGCCUGUUAGGCCUCUGGCUGCUGUUGCAUAUUUAUUGCGUGCCCACUACGUGCCAGGCACUGUUGCUAAGUUCCUGUCGGUGUGUCUCUUGAUGCCACUCUUGCUUCUCUGGGGGCCUCUGUGUUCUCUUUGUCCCCAUAUUGCUACCUCUUUGUCAGUCUGGGUGUCUCAGGUUCUGUGUGUCCUUGUCUCUGCAGGGCCCUGUUUGUCUCUUCCCCCUUCCUUGGCUUCUGACUCUGCCCCGCUGCCCGCUGGCCAUUCUGGGUCUCUGAAGGCCCCUGGGCCACCCCGACCUCCCUGACUCUUGCUGGUGGGUUCCCACAGAGCCAUUUUUAGUCCUGAGCAGCAUGGGAAUGUGCUCCGCCUCCACGGAGCUCUGUCCUGGUGCCCCAGACCCUGGUCCAAUCUAAGUGCCAGGAGUGGGAGCAGGACGACUGAUUGUGCCCCCUCCCUGUCAGUGACAGAAGCCCUGGCGAGCAGGCUCCCACGGCAGCUGGUCUCUGUUCCUCCCUCUGAGCAGAUAGUGGGCGGGCUCACCAAGAACGGAGAGAAGACUCGUCCACCCCUGCCCACCCCCCUCGCACACGGCUUUGCCCUCGCCCUGCCUGCCCCCCACCCCCGCCGCCCCGCCUCACUGGGGAACUUGCCUCUGCUCCCAACCACUUUCACAAGUCACUUCCUUAAGGAAAUGAAAUCCCACUGGCACAAUUCUAAAGAUCCGAGUGAGUCAGGAUCAGAAAGGAACCCCAGAUCCCACAGGGACAGAUGUGGAGUCUGUGCCUACAUCCCAUCUUAUCCCCAAAGCCCUUCUCUCCAGGCUGUUUCCUUUUUUUAUGACUGUAAACAUAGAUAGUGCUUUAUUUUGUUAAUAAUAAGAUAAUGAUGAGUAACUUAACCAGCACAUUUCUCCUGUUUACACUCGGGAAGUUUUUUGUUUUCUGUUGGUAUAAUAAAAGCAGACCAUUUCAGAGUCUGACCCUUGCAUGGGGGAGUUGGGGCACGUUCUAGUUGGGGAGUCCUAAAUGGGCCACCAGCCCAGGCACCACUGCCCCCUGCUGGCAGCUUGAGGGAGCUUCAGGCCUGUAGCCCAGGAGGAACAUCUGAGGCAAGGCAGGCUCAGACCCAACACCCCCGCCACUCUGGCCCCUAAAGCCCAGAGCGCACACUCCGAAUGAUGCUCCCCUUGUCUUGAGGUCCUGAGCAAGAACACAGUGGUAAAAAUGCGGUAAUGAGUCAGGAAGCUUGGGUUCUUCCUAAAUCUGGCCUUGUGCAUGUGUGGGGCAGAGUGGGGGGUGUGGAUAAUCAUUUCCCCUCAGACCUCAUUGUUUUCAUCCAAAAACAAGGUCAAGCCUUAUCCAUCCAUGGUUCUUACCUUCUUUUGGAGGAGUCCUUUGAGAAUCUAAUGAAAGCCAUGAACCCUCCCUCAUCCCAGAAAAGGGCUCACGUGGACACCCCAAACUCACGUAUACAUUCCCUGGGAUACUGAACAGGGUCUCUAAUGUGUUUCAGGGAUGUACCUCUGACUACGCAUUUUUUUUUUUAAUCACUUGAGGGUAUGUUUGUUGAUCUUAGAAAUAGCGAUCAGUUGCCUCCCAUACAUACCCCAACUGGGAAUCGAACCCACAACCUUUUGGUGCAUGGGAUGACGCUCCAACCGAGCUACCUGGCCAGGGCCGUCCCUUAUGCUUUGAAUGAGGACACAAAGAACUGUAUUACACUAGGGAAGAUGACAGUCUGUAAGACCUGAAAUGACUAGAUGGCACAUGUAAACUCUCAAGAUACAUACUAACAGGGAUCAAUAAAAAGACUGACUUGUGAUUAAAAAAUUUAUCCUGUUAAUGUGGAACAGGGGCAGCAAAGCUGAAUGGCAAUUCUUGUGAGAUUUGGGUGGGAGUAACAGAGGCAUGUGUUCACAAAAAGGGUGGUGACAAGCCAGGGUACACCACACAGUCCGAGCCCCUAAACAGAAAAGGCCAUUGUCACAUUGAACGGACCCAGAGACAGGUACCCUGCAUAGGAGAGAACUGGCGAGAGCACAGUGGACACAUAUUAGAGGCACAGUUGGAAGGGUCAAGGGAUGUUUAGAAAAGAGGAGACUAAGGCAUAAAGGGUAAGACCGCUUUCUUCAAAGCUGUCAGGUAGGCAGUCUGCAGAUUGAGGUAGAACUGGCUUCUUGAUGCUUCUCAAGGGUCAAUUUUGGCUUAACAAAAAGCUUAUUGACAAAUGUUCAAAGGGAGAGUGAACUUUCCAACACAGGAAGUGUACCAGCAGAGGCUCCUGAAUGCCGGAAAAGGGGUACUAAACUGGAGAGGUGGUAAGAGAAGUGAAGUGUGGCUGAUUCCAGGGCCACAAACGGGACUGAAGACUCCCCAACAAUUAAGAGUCCCGGCCUUUUGAUCUAGGGACCAUCCUGGCUGCUAACCUCAGGCUUUUCCCAGCCCAGCGUCCCAGAGCUUUGGACCUUCUCUCCUGGGCCCACCCCACCCCGCAUCUCCGCAGCGGAGCCCAGCUUCCCUGGAUGCUUGUGAAGCUGCAGGCGGUCCUUGGGAAAAGCAGCAUGGCCGCCGGCAGCGCCUGCCCUCUGGUGGUCACAUAGGGGAGUUGCUUAUUUCCUGUCCAUACACCCCGACCCCUCGUCUCCACUACCCGCCCUGUGUUCCUAACCAAAUGCGGAAGCCUGGUCAGGAGAGUCCCAGCUAGACUCACCCUCACCCCCUGCCAGUCCCAAGCUCCUCUCGCGUCCCAAGCCCCAGGUCCUCUGUGGCCUCGGGAGCCCGAGUCCAGCACUGCCGACUUCCCACUCCAGGAAUCCUUUCCCAUUCUGUUACCAGACAGGUGCUGGCCCUGAGAGGCCUGCCUGGGGCCAGGCGUACUGUGUGGGUUCUUGACUUCGUGUAGGAAAGAUGUCGCAAGAGUCCAGGUGAGCAGUGAAACGGGAGGGCUUAGCGCAGAAGCAACAGGAGAGCCCGGGCUGGGCUGCCUUAACUCACUGGGAAGUCAGAGUAAAGGGGGCCCUUGGGGACGGGUUCAGGGGCUCAGCCUGGGACAAGCUGCCAGCAGGCCACUGCCUUAGAGUUUAGGAGAUGCGUGCCUGUGAAGAAAGGAGUGGGGGAGAUGGGAAAGGAACGGAGCAGGCUGCUCCCCAGAGGAAGUGCACUGGGUCCUUUGUCUUCAGGCUUGCUCUCUUGCCGGCUGGAACCUUGGGGGCGUCUCAGGGGAGGGCUUCAGUAGAACAGUCAUCAGUUCCCCAGGUGCGCCCUUUCAAGGUCACGGUCUCUGCUGAUUGGUCAGUGGCUGGGCAGGGGUCUUUGCUCACUGCAGCUAGUUUUGGCUUUCCCCACCUGGUUUUGCUGUUUUGGGUCUGGAGCGGAAACACAACUGAAGCCUAGGUGUUUUCUCCAGGGAGGAAAGGCCAGGGGAGAAGUUACUGUGGGGGUGAGGUCCUCAGUUUUCCCAGUUUUGCCCCCUACCAUGCACUUGGGCCUUUUGCCCUGGUGACCAUCUGCACCUGGCUGUAAAUUGCUCUGCCAUUGUGCUCAGGUAUCUGUCUCAGUUUCCCUAUCUACUUGCCAAGGAAUUUUCCUAGCCUAGAAUUUUCACUAUUCUGUCUCAAUUCUAGGUGCUGAGAAAAAGCCAUGUGCCCUGCAUGCUUUUAGGAUGGGAAAAACCCUUUAUGGGAGCCUGUGGUUGGCGCCCUGGAGCCCCACUCUGCCCCAGGAGAGGCAGGAUGGGGGCAGGAGCGCGUUACAAGACCAGGAACAGCAUCCCCGGAACGACCAGGACAGCUGGGUCACGAACCCUUUCUCUGCCCUCUGCCUUUCCCGCCGAUGCCCACGGUCAGAGCCCAGAAGAGGUGAAUCCCUGCCCAGGCAGGGCCUCGUCGGGUCUAUAGAGAGGCCUGGGUGCUGCGAGUCUGGAGGGAUGGUGGGACCCCAAGGCUUUGUGGGAGCGGGGCCCUGCCCCCAGUUGCCCUCUCCUCUGGAGAACUGAGGAAGAGGUUGCUUUUUCAAAGAAAGCAGCAGGAUGGUGCCCGCAGGUUAACUCCCCCAUGCAUGUGGUGGCCGGGGGCCUUGGAGGCCAGGACAAUACCUGGACUGUUCACCACCGCAACACUGACAUCAGGGCCCCAGGGGACUGGAGCCAAGCUGCCUUCAUGGUUAUUCCUGCCCUCAGCCCCAGAGGUGGAUCUGCGAGGAACAAGGAGGUGGGCCCUGCCAUUUAGUCCACAGGAAGGCUACACCAUGACCACCUGACCCCACGGAGAACCCUCAGGGGCCCGACCUGCCCAGCCUGGGCACCAUCCCUGUGCCGGGCACACCUUUCCCCACGUUCUCCACGGGCACCCUCAGGCUACGUCCUGCUGCCCACUGGGGCCCAGCCACACAGGGUCACCGUGACCUUGAAGGCAGCUGCAGGUGUCAGCUCAGUUCCAGCAGUUGCCAUGGCAACUUCUGCAGAGUCCACCUGAUAGGCAGCUGCUCCUGCCUCUAAGGGUACUGGGGGCCUUCGGGGGACCCCCGGGGCACUGCUGCCAGCCAUGGGAGGGCAACCCUAGCAAUCUGGGCCGAGGAGAGGGUGCCCCAGCUCACCUUGAGCUCCAGCCCUGCCCUCCCUCUGGCCUUCUGAGAAAGGGAAAAGCUGAUUCCACACAAAGUAGUGCCCCCCCACGCCAACCCCCAAAUCCUAUGAGCCAGAGAGGACCAAGGAAGAAGUUGUAGUACUUCCCUUCAGGGUCCCAGUGGCUCGUCACCCGGACAGGGCCAAGUUCUUGGAAUCCACAGCUUAGUUCCCUCCAAGUGGCAUCCUUCCAGU